AUGCUUACAAGUUUGAUCUUCUAUCCAUCAUUGGGAUAUAACUUAUUCAGAAAUUAUGUUCAACCGAAUCGAUGGGCCUGGUAUAAUCGUGUUGAUGAGACUCUUAUUCUUGGAGCAAUGCCAUUCCGAUCAAUGAAGGAUGAGCUCAUUCAGAAGGAAAAUGUUGGUGGAGUCGUAUGUUGUACUGAAGAAUUCGAGUUAAAAGCUGCGAUGAAUGCAAUGAGAGAAGUUGAUUGGAAGAAUGAAGGUGUCGAGUUUUUUGCUGUGCCGAUGAAAGAUUUUACGGGAACUGCGCCAAGAGCAGAGAUCAACGAAGCGGUGGAAUUUAUUGAGAGUGUCGCCUCGAAAGGAAAAACUGUUUAUGUGCACUGCAAAGCUGGAAGAACUCGAAGUGCCACAGUAGCAACUUGCUAUUUGAUGAAAUCUCGAAAUUGGAUGUCCAACGUUGCAUGGGAAUUUCUGAAGGACAAACGACACCAAGUACUUCUUCGAAAUGCUCACUGGAGAACUGUCAACGAGUAUCGACGAUUUUUAGAUUCAAACUCUUCAUCUACCGGAUCAUCUAAUUAGGAAUCUGUAAUAGCUUUGUAUAACUUCAUAUCAUUUCAUAACUGAAUGUUAUUUUAUUUAUAUGGCACUGGCGUCUGUUACAGUAAGAAUAAAAUCAUGCAAAAAC